UCAGAUCUUUUGAUUCGGUUCUAUCUUGAAAUUCGAAUAUUAAAUCAUCUAGUUGACGUGAGCGAUCUGCAAGAAACGCUAUCAAUUCGAAAUUUGAAAAUCAUUUUUUCUGUUAACACAACAUUCAUUUAAAAAUAUUCUUUUAAUUUAGUUUUUAUUAAAUCUUCAAAUGUUUCUUCACAACUAUCAUUAAAUAAUUCUUUAACUUAUAUUCAUACAAUAAGUAUUCGACAAUCGAUAAUUUAUUUUAUUUGGUUCAUGUUAUGCAUCAAGUAUAAAUAGUGCAAUACGAGAGUAAAAUAAACAAAAAAAAUGAAUUUGAUCUAUUCUGUUUUUUUUGUUUUCUAUUUUAGUUUUUAUUGAACUAAAAAAUUAGUCUUAAAAAAUAUAUUAAUAUACAAAUGAAAGUGAUUUUCAAGCUGCUGUACUCGAUUUACUUGUUCAAUUACUUUUAAUUCGUGUUAAUAAUAGUUAAUUAGAAGCUGAUGAAAUUCGUUGCAUUUCUAAUCGUUUCGUUUAUUUUUAAAUAGCAUUUUAUUUAUUGUAUUGCUGAAUUUCUUGUUAUGUUAUCACAUGAAACAUUUCAUUCAAAACAAGUUAUUAAAGUACAAGAUUUAAUAAAACAUUAUGAUUCAUUAUUAACAAGUGGACAUGAACCUGAAACACAUGAUACAAGUUCAAAUAAUUUAUUUACAAAUAUUGAACGAUUAAGUACAUGUGAUUUAUUAUCCUAUGGACAACUUUCAUAUGAUACUAUAUUAACAUCAAUCCAAAAUGAUAAUUUAACACAAAAAGUUAUAUCAAUUAGUCUUGAAAAACUUUUAAUAGUUGGUCAAUAUCCUAAAAAUGAUAUAUGGUGUUAA